GUCUCUCGGGAGGCUGGAUUAGCCACAAGUUGUGGUGAACCAGGGUAAAUUCAUUGUGCCUAUUACGUUUCUCUUUACUUCUCCUUUAAUUUUUUUAUUCCUGCGAUUUCUACGAUCAAACGCUAUUCACCCCCCCUCUAGCGUUGGUCUUUUAUUCUAACAAUUGGUAUCAGAGCCUAACUCGCGUCCAAACUUAACCGUUUGUGAGAAAAGCGAUCAUGGGUUCUUCUUCUAGAAAUCUUUAUGCAGGGAUUGGGGAAGGUCAAUCAACCUCUAGGCCACCGCUCUUCGAGAAUCUGUAUCCGCUCAACCAACUUCCAAUUGUGGUUGGUCAUCAAGAAUGGCAAAGAAACGCCAAUGAAAAAGGUUGGUGAAAAACUCGUCCCAAAGACCGAGGACGAAUUUGAUGCCGAAGACAUAAAAAAGGUGGAGAACUACGCUAAGGCGAUCAAUAUGCUCUACUUUGCGGUCAACCCCGACGAUUAUUGCAAGAUCUCUUGCUGCACAACCGCUAAAGAAAUUUGGGACAAGCUAGAGGUCACAUACGAAGGUACAGACCAAGUUCAGGAAGCCAAAAUUGACUUCCUCACGCAGGAGUACGAGAUGUUCAAAAUGAAGGAAGGCGAGAAGAUCGAUGAUAUGUUCGAAUGGUUCUCGAAGAUCAUCAAUGACCUUCAUGCACUCAAGAAGACCUACGCCAACAAGGAUUUAGUAAGAAAAAUCCUGCGGAGUCUCACACCCGAAUGGAGAUCAAAGGCCGACACAAUCUACGAUUCCAUCGGAGUCUCCAACAUCACCAACGACAGGUUAAGAGGUAAUCUCAAAACUUAUGAAUCCACUAUUCUGACCCCGUCUUUGGAUGAACAAAAGAAGAAAGGAAUAACGCUCAAAGCAACCAAAGAGACGGUGGAAGAAGUCUCAAGCGAUGAUGACAACGAGUUUGGACUCAUCAUCAAGACAUUCCACAAACUCAUGAAGAAGGAAUUUGAGUGGAAAGGAAGAAAGCACGACGGUCCCCCGAAGUGCUAUGGCUGUGGCGAGAUAGGCCACAUCAAGCCGAGGUGUCCAAGAGGCAAAAACGGCAAGGACAAACCCGGCUUCAAAAAGCAAAGAGCGUAUACCUCGUGGGGUGGCGACUCCGGCGACGAGUCAACCGACCAAGAAGAGGAUGAAGCCGCCAACCUCUGUCUCAUGGCACACGAAGACCACGCCGACGAAGUACAAGGGGUGGAUACAACUACUGCGCAGAACACCUCCCAGGUGCUUGACAAAGUGCCUGAGCCAGAGAAGGUUGCUCCCAAACCUGUUACCUUUGCUAACCUCUUCAAAGGUAAUAGGGACCCUGACCAAGGUAUGGUUUUGAAGCAUUAUGAUGUUGGUGAAGGCGUUCUCCAUAUUCCAGAUUCUGUUAUCAAGCCUAUUGAGGAACUGUGGGGCUUUUGCCUAGUGGGGUGCUUCACUGGACGUUUCCCCGGCCUCAAGGCAGUUGAUGCCAUUGUCAAGAGUUGGAAUGUACCUUGUAGAAUUAUUCCCCAUUGCAAGGGCUGGGUUAUCCUUGAAUUUGAAACUGAUAGUGAUAGAAUGGAGAUUUUGGGAAGGCAGAGGGAUAAAGCCUAUGGAAAGGAAUUUAGGCUAAAAAUUCCCUCUCAUGGUUUCCUGUUUGACUUUGCUGAGUUUACCACGCUUCCUGUUUGGGUUCAACUUCAUAAUGUACCCAUGCAAUUAUGGUCAGAAGAAGGCAUUGGGAUGUUGGCCUCAAAAGUUGGGAAACCCUUAAGGACUGACCUUGUCACCAAACAGCAUGGCAAGGGUGAUUUUUGUAGAGUGCUUGUUGAGGUGGACUUCUCAAAACAGCCUGUGACUCAAUUUGAGGUUUUCUGCAUGGGCAAAUCAUACACACAAACAGUGGAGUUUGAAGAAGACCCAAAAUACUGCUACCACUGCAAAACUUGGAACCAUGGCCCCUUCCAUUGUAGAGCCUUGGAGAUGAAAGGGAAACAAGACCUUGCUGAGCCGGAGGCUAAACAGAUUGAGGCUAUGGCUAAACCAAAGGAGCACAAUGGUCAUCCUGGGAAUGCUGUUUCUAGGGAGUGGGUUCUAACAGGGAAGACUCAUACUGAACCAAAGGGUGGGUUGAUCCCCUCUUCUUCCACCCCUAAGGAGAAGGCUAAAGACCCUUGCCCUAACACUGGUCCUUUGGUUUAUGACACAUUGGUUGGCAAGGGAACAGAUUUCCAAAAGAAAAAGAGUAGGGAUGAUGGCUUGAUUCUGGACAGGAAGAAGGGUGUUUUUGUGGGGAAUGGGUUGGAAAUAUAUGGAGAUGAUGAAGGAGUUCUUUUGGUAUUUUUAAUGUAAGGAAAGAAAAGAGAUUAAGGAUAGAAAUGGUGGGAAAAGAAAUGGAUAGAAAAUAAUGAUGGAUAAACCAAGUUGGUGUUUAAGAGAUAUUACACACUCUUAUCCUAACUUGGGGUUUGAAUCUAGAAUUUAAUUAAGAUAUGACACACUUAAUCAAAUAUCUAGAACCUAAAACUCACACUUAAGAUAACCACUCUUAAGAUAUAGAAUUAGGAAUUUGGCUAAAAUAGCAUCACACUAUUUUAAUAAUACUCAAAGAGUAAAAGAUUUUAAUAUUC